AUGAGCUACAAAUAUAAAUCAGGAGCACAAAAGAGGAAGGAAAAAGAAGAGUGGGAGAAAAACCUUAAAGACGCAUCAAAAAAACAACUUUCUUUGUCCAGAUUUUUAAAGCCUUCUACUUCUCAAGACGCAACUUCAUUAGAGCUCUUUUCAACGUCAGAACCUUCGACAUCACAUAAAGACAAAAUUCAGUCUGUUUGCGUUGAUGCUGACACUGAUAAUCAUACUCUUCCAAAUAAUUUAAUAUUAAUGUCUUCAGCAUCGUCAACGCCAAUCACUAAAACAUAUUUCGAUGUAGGAUCGCCCACCUUUAACAUUGAAAUUGAUAUUACAAAAUCGCACGAAAAGUUGCCUGAAAGUUUUCUAGAAGAUAGUACAGGAGGUGUACUGCCGAUCUCCAUCUUUAAGAAGAAACUAGCGAAUGGUGAAUUUGUGCCUAGAGAUUGGUUAGUAUGGAGUAGAACAAAGAAAGCCCUCUAUUGUCUGCCAUGCAGAAUUUUCAGCAGACUUCCACAAUCUCAACGAUCAGCUUUAACAUCAUCUGAAGGUUAUUCCACUACACAAAAGUGGAAGAAAUUACAUGACAAAGUACCUGAACAUGAGAGAAGUGCUUCGCACAAGAAUUGUUACAUCGCAUGGAAAACGGAAUAG